AACCUGCUCCUGAAGGAGAAGGAGAGCAGCAAAAAGAACAGGUAGAUCAUGUUGUAGCACGAGGAUCAUCUUCGACGUAUCGCAUCAGAAUGACAUCGGGUAAGACUUGGACUGUGGAGGUGCAUCCGGAAGAUGGCUGGAAGCUCGAAACUGACGAGGAACCCGACCUCUCAAGGCAAACACUACUAGACCCGAAAAACUGGACCCGAAAUAAAACUGGAGAGGAAGAUCCAAAUUUCGUGCCUCCUUACGCUCAGGUGCGGAAUCGCAAAAGCGGCCAGAUCGUUGUUGACUGGAAAGUGUCGAAGCCACGCCGCUUUGACUUGGACGAGGUUGUAGAUGCCUAUGCAGCUGAGUUCGCACGUCGCGAGGCAGAAGCUCUCCCGGCAGGAGCCGCCAGCCGGCUUUGCAUCAUGCGCCACUUGGAUCCAGAAGAGAAUUGGACUCUACUUCCACCUGACGUUUUGACGCAUCGUGAUCAAAAACAUAAUGUUGAAAAGAAGAAUGUUGUUGGUGCCAAUGUUGCUCCUUGUUUUGGUAAAAGUAGUGCGAACAUCAUGAUCAACACAACUACGGGCAAAGCCAAUCAUGAUGAUCAAGUAGCAGGACAGGAGGAGAUAGAAAAAAAUGAAGACCAAGAACGAGUAGAAGGUCCGAGAAGUGCGUGCUCUGAGGGAACUGUAUCAUCCUCAAGUUCGUCAAGUACUAAGCAAGUGGAACAACAAGGACGAAAUAGAGAACUACAAGAUGCCACUGAGUCUGAAACUAUUAAUCAGAGUAAGACUUUUUUGAAGAGCAGCAACUACUUUGUUGCUCCACCGACUGCAGCUGCUGCUGCACCUGAACCAUCUUCAUCGGCUCCAGAGGAAAUGAAUGCAACCUGCGCUACUUUGAUCCAAGAGGAUCUAGUGGCGGGCCAUAACCGUUACAAUGGUGUGCAUAUUUGCUCAAAAUCGAAGCACUAUGCUGUAAUGGUUCAUGAUGAUUCGUCUGCCGACGGAAGCUUAGAGGCAAUACAUUUCUACCGGCCAGAGGUGGGUCUUGUUCUAGAUAGUGGCUCAACUACUUUUAAGGAUAGGCUAAAGGCGUUCCUGUUGCCGUUCGUUUUGACUCUCCCAAGGGGGGCGAAGGGCAUAACGAACGGGGUAAACGAACACCAAAAGCAUACCCCUAAUACCUCUCCAACAGAUGGAGCGCCAGUGGGGCGAGGGCGGCCAUGUCUCUCAGGAACACCAGCAGGAGUCGCGGAGGAGUUUACUCAAGGUCAUAGCUGGAUGUUUUUUGCUGGCGCAAUCUUCAACCUGAACAUGCGACGUGGGCGAGGCAGCUUUGUGUGGGUCCAUUGCAGCAAUCCAGAUCCAACUUUUCACGGAACCUUGGCAACGUUUAGGAAAAGCGCGGCAAUACAGGCGAAUCUAAACCAUGACGGGAUGGGUUGCGCCUUCUUGUUGCAGGACAACGUUGUGCGCUACCUGAGAGGAGGCAAAAGUCAGCAUCUUCUCAACUACAAGGCGAAGUCUCUGGCACCAAGUACCUUCCUCAACUUCCUCGACCAAAAGGAGAAGAAAGAGGUGGUUCUGGCUGCGCUUGGAGGUGACAACAAACAAGACAAGAAGAAGAAGCCCAAGCUCAAGAGCCUUCUCAGUGGACUGAAGAAGAAGAAACGGAACAAAGGAAAGAUGAAGACAAAAAAGACAAAGAAAAGGGAAAAGCACCACCAGCCAAGUGCAAGUAGCAAUAAGCAGGCAAAGCCAAAGGCAUCUAUUAAUCUUGAUGAUACAAGCAAGUGCAAGUCUACCCCGAGUCGACUGGCGCUCAAGCGGAACAUCUCAAGCUACAGUGGAGAUCUGCUCUCGAAAGAAUUCAAGGCGUGGUCUCUUUUAGUGGCGAACCUUACGAUAACAGAGCUUCAGAAUGAGUGGAGCAACGCCAAGUGUCUCGAAAUGAUCACUCGCAUUCAAGAGGCCGUAAAGAGCACGAAUGCAGAACGCCUCCACAUGAGGGCAAAAAUAGCAAACAAGAUAUGGCCAAGGCCAACGUUUAAGUUUAACUGUAUUUAUGAGUAGCUACUCUGGUCUCCACCUUAAGAGGUGGACUUUGACUGUAUUUAUAAGUAAGUAGCUACUCAUCUGGCCUUGGCCAACAUUUAACUGCAUUUUUAUAUAAGUAGCUACUCAAAAAUCCCUCUUCGUAUAUUGAUCUAAAGUUCUAGUGCAGGGGUUAGUUCACUAAACGACCUACAGUCUAGUCCUCUCAUCAUUAUAAGUAGCUACUCAUCUGGAUCUGAUCUCCACCUUAAGUUGGUUGACUUAGUUGGAGCGAGUACACGUACUUGAUGUACUUAACGAGGGAGAUGAGGUCGUGCUGCCUCUUAUUUAUUUAAAGACUCGUAGGUAGUAGCAGGUGUAGGACAAUGGUGCUGACUCUAUAUUUAAAGACUCGUAGUCUUGCAUAUCAAUGACUCCUAUAUUAAAUACUACUCAUACUUCUAAUCAGCUUGGUUGUUCCCUUACAGACUCGUAGGUAGUAGCAGGUGUAGGACAAUUAUGUCAAAGUCGUGUCGUCGACCUCUAAUGAUCAGUGGCGAGGAGGGUUCGGACACGACGGAUCUUAAAGAUCAACGGGCCGCGAUGGAAAAAGCUGAGGCAUUCGGGGAUUCCCUCAGGCAGAGACGGCGAAGACUUCAGGCCGAGCUCAAACGGAGAGGCGUCUUCUGUGAUAACAGUGGAAAAAUCAUCUUUCAGGACAAGUCCAAGUCCUCGACGUCGACGAAAGCAUCUUCUUUCAUCGACGUUCAUGCGUCCAAGUUCGGGACGUCGAAAACAUCUUCUUCGACAGCAAAUAUUGAACCACAAACAGGACCACCGGCGAAGAAAAAGAAAGCGAAGGAGAAGAUUGACCAGGAGGUGUUAACUCUUAGAGAGAAAAAAAAAAUAGUCAGCGAUAGAGAUAAUUAUGAAAAGACCAAAGGGUCCUCGACGAAGUCUACUUCUACUUGUCGAGAGCCACCAGCUUCUCUGCCAGUAGACUACCUCUUGGUUCGACUCGUUGACCUGCAAAAUUUCGCCAGAAACCAAAGAGCUAAGGGAAAUAAUGAUAAAUCCACGGCACGGGGUGAUGGACUUAAUACAGCAGAGUCAGCAGUUACUGGUAAACACGAAGGUGAUGGCGCCAAUGCGAGCAAGAACCAGGAGGACCUGAAAGUAGUAGACACGGCUACGACGACGACCAGCAACAGCAAUGGAGCUACUUGUAAUCAUUUAAGCAAGAAGCUACGAGAAGCAGAAGAGGCUGACGUAAGCCCGACUUUUGAGGAGGCGCUCCAGUAUUUCUUUAAGGCAAGAGGAUAGAGCUCGAGGAGGUAAUUCUAAUUUAAAUUAAGUACAACUCGCUACUACUAGUAUCUUCUUCAAAAAUCAUUUAUUAUGUAGAUCGAUGGCCAGUAUCUUCAUCCUUCUUAGAUGAUUGCUUCAACAAGGACAGGGCCAUUACCUUUCAAGGACAAGACGGUUACCUUUCAAGGACAAGACGGUUACCUUUCAAGGACAAGACGGUUACCUUUUUAAGGUUAGUCCGUCUUGUCCUUUCAAGGAGGUUCUAAUAUUUUCAAGGACAAGACGGAGCACGGCGCUUGUCGCAUAACUUUGACGCGGGAGGUCAUCGUGGAGAGUGGUCUUCUCCGCCAGAACCUGGAGCAGAAAAUUGGAGGCAUGCUAAGAAGGCAUCUUUUGCAUGUAGAGAGUUGGAUUGUAGUGGAGCGAUGGACUGGUCUCAUCGCGGGCGACGAGUGGGACCGUCCGAUCAUAGUAGGAGGCACUUCUGAAUGAUCACCUGGAGCAGUGCUUGCUGCUUGAACACUGCUGAAUGUGUGUAGAAGAAGAACCCUCAUCAAACUGCUCUUUUUAAACUUACAGAGUGCACUAGUAGACGAGGGAGGACUGCUUAACGUGUGUAGAAAGACGAAGACGUGGUGCUUGGACAAGAAAGACUUGUAUUCCUAUAUUUCCUGUACAGGCUAGUCCCAUAUUUUUGUAGUUCUCUCACCUUGUCUGCAAUGUGGUGUAAGCAAAUUGCUGUCACUUUCAUUUUCCGACUUUUUUAUAGUUGUUCCGUGUUGGUUAUGGUUUUGGUAUCUCUUGGUUGUCAAAAAG